UUAGAAGAGGGAAGGCAAGGAAUGAAACGUAAGAAAGAAAGAUGAAGAUGGUGAUGAUGAGGAAUUUGGCGAGGAAGGUGGCGGGGGUGAGCAGCUGGAAUGUGAAAGGCAGUGGCAGCAGGGGGUGGGUGGUCGGAGUGAGGCAUGUGCAGGUAGGCGGCGAGAGCGGGGAAGCAGCCGGAGGAGCCAUCACGACGAUGGAAGAAGUAGGCAAGGCAUCAUCAGAAGUGCAGCAAGAGAAGGCAUACUCCUCCUCCUCCUCCUCCUCCUCCUCACGGGAAUUGGAUGCCGCCGACCACAACAAACCUCGACCAUCUCCUCGCUUUGUGAAGCAAAAUGCUGAGCGCGUCAAGGCCUCCAUGAACACCAAGAACACCAACUGAAUCCCAUAUUUAUCUUCCUCUUCAUACUUCGUUCUAUUGUACCUAUCUGACUUUAGGAUCCUAUGAGCCCCCUCCCUCUUCCUCUCUUUA